CCCUCGACAAACCUGGAAUACGAGAGCUGCUCCGUACCGCGAUACACAAACUUUUCCAACCGUGGGAAAAUAGAAAUUUGACUCCGGGAAAACGGGAGGAUUUUCGCACGGGUAAAUUGAACCCAUUUCAUUUAAUUUGACUGAAACACCGGAACUUCGUUACACUGACGGCGCAAUUUUUUUUUUUUAUUAACGAUCGUGAGAGAUUCGUGUCCCGUUAUAAGUGUCCCGUUUUUGGUAUUCAGAUUAUUAUUGGACGGGAGAUGAACAGGCCUUUUAAAUUCUACCAGAGGACAAGAUCGUGUGACGUGCCCGCGAUUAGGGCCCCGCUUCAAAGGGGAAGAUAAAGACCGUCGACACGACGAUCGGUGGGCUGGCCGAGCCCCAUCAGCGAGAUGGGGCCCCAUGGGGCCAAGCCCUGGACGUACAGGGCUGGCCCAGGGCCAUGGCCCGGCUACAACCUGAUACUACUACCGAUUGUGAUAAUCAUGGGACUGCUCAGUACAACCACGAUGGUGCAAGCGAAAGGCAAAGGUCAGAAUGGAGGAAGCUAUAUUGGCGACGUCAACGUUUCAGCCAUCUUGGACUCCUUCAGCGUCAGCUACGACAAACGUGUAAGACCCAACUACGGAGGCCCGCCCGUUGACGUCGGGGUCACAAUGUACGUUCUUUCCAUCAGCUCGCUCUCUGAAGUCCAAAUGGAUUUCACAUUGGAUUUUUACUUCCGACAGUUCUGGACUGAUCCGAGACUUGCAUUUCAAAAGAGACCUCAGGUAGAACAACUAUCUGUGGGCUCUGAAUUUAUCACAAACAUAUGGGUGCCUGAUACGUUUUUCGUAAAUGAAAAAACGUCAUCUUUUCAUAAAGCUACCACGUCGAAUGAGUUUAUCCGAAUACACCACACGGGUAGCAUUACUAGAAGUAUUCGAUUAACUAUAACAGCCUCCUGUCCAAUGAAUCUUCAAUAUUUCCCAAUGGACAGGCAACUUUGCCACAUUGAAAUCGAAAGUUUCGGUUACACCAUGAGAGACAUCCGUUAUAAGUGGAACGAGGGUCCCAACUCUGUCGGAGUGUCAAAUGAAGUGUCCUUGCCUCAAUUCAAGGUCCUUGGACACCGACAGAGGGACAUGGAGAUAUCCCUUACUACAGGAAACUACUCCCGUCUGGCCUGCGAGAUCCAAUUCGUACGCUCUAUGGGCUACUACUUAAUCCAGAUCUACAUCCCGUCCGGGCUAAUCGUAAUCAUCUCCUGGGUCAGUUUCUGGUUAAACAGGAACGCGACACCCGCUAGAGUCGCCUUAGGAGUCACCACCGUGUUGACCAUGACCACGCUGAUGUCAUCCACCAAUGCCGCUCUACCGAAGAUCUCGUACGUUAAAUCGAUCGAUGUGUAUCUGGGUACUUGUUUCGUCAUGGUAUUCGCCAGUUUACUUGAAUACGCCACCGUAGGAUAUAUGGCCAAACGAAUACAAAUGAGAAAGAAUCGAUUUUUGGCGAUCCAGAAAAUAGCCGAACAGAAGAAAUUAAACGUCGAUGGAGGACCGGAUGAUCAUAUGCCCAAACAAACGCAGGCCGUACGCUUUAAGGUGCACGACCCAAAAGCGCACAGUAAAGGGGGCACCUUAGAGAGUACAGUAAACGGAGGCCGUGGAGGUCGCGAGGGAGGUCCGGACGAAGAAGCGGGCGGCCCCCCGAUCCCCCAACACAUCAUGCACCCGAACAAAGACAUAAACAAGUUGUACGGCAUUACCCCAUCGGAUAUCGACAAGUAUUCUAGGAUAGUGUUCCCCGUGUGUUUCGUCUGCUUCAACUUAAUGUAUUGGAUCAUCUACCUGCACAUCUCGGACGUUGUCGCAGAUGAUUUGGUGCUACUCGAGGUUGAUAAGUAGAUAUCGAUGAUAGUUUGGGUGAAGAUGGAUUGGGAGGUGUCAGUGAAUAACUAUGCAGGUUUUAUUUUUGUGAUAAUACCAGUUUCUGUUAUUUAUCUGUUAUGCAGUGUGACCCAUUUAGGUUGGAAAUUAAGAACUGAUUUCAGGCAUUUAUUUUUUCAAUGGCAAAUUAGUGGAAGGUCUGCUACGAAACAAUUUUUUUAGACAUUCUUCGAUGCUUUUUGCUAUUUUUUAUUAGUAAUUUUUCUAAAGUCUACCAUUAGAUUAAGGGCACCUUGAAGUUAGUGUAACCAGAAUUUUAUACAAAUACAUUUCUUAUUUAGAAAAUAACGCCUGCGCCAAUGCAUCUUUCCAAUAUUCAGAAAUUUGGAAGAAGAUGCUCGCUAGGCCUUGUAUUGAAACUAUCGCUUUAUUAAGUUCCGUCUGCAUUCUGCUCUAUUGGGCAGGCCUGCAACAAUGCAAAUUGCUCUUCUUUGCAGUCUAAACACAAAGAAUGGCAUAGGCGAUAUGUGAAUAAAAGAACAAUGUCAAGGAGAACGUGAAAAGAAUAAACAUUAUCUAAUUCUCCAGGUUGUUUUUUUGAAGGAAAAAAAUUCAGGAAUAUUUUUUUGUUGAAUUACGAAACAGCCUGUUUAAGUCAUGGGGCAAAUCAUUGAUGUGUAUCAAAAAUAAGGGUCCUACGAAAAAAGAUUCUUGAUAAACUUCAAUGGGCAAAUACACUCUCCCUGAAUCAAUACAUGUGAGUUUCGCCCAUUGAUAGCUAGAUAUACUUGAGUGUAUAAAGUUAUAAUUCCUUUUGGUAUAGUUGUCGGCAACGAUAGUUUAUUUUCUUUGAUUUAAAGCUGCAAUCAUUCGAAAGCAUAUGGUUUUUGUAUCAAUGUAUUACGCAAAUUUGAAUGCCAACAAAAAUUAUAAUAUUAUAGGGCCAACAAUUAAUACACAGAGAAAGAAUUAAUAUAUUUACAGUUAUUUAAGUAUAAACGGACCCGUACAGCCGAACAUCACCGAAAGCUUGAAUAUUAGGCCGGUAAGCAUUUUUUUGGUUGCAUUUAUUAAAUAUUGUACAAAGUGUUAUUUUUAAGAGAAUAUUAUUUCUGUUGUUCGCAUAUGUUGCUUUGACAGAUAUUUUAUCUUGUGCAUAGCGCAUUACCUUGAAUUAAAAAAAAACCUUUUUACUAAAGAGCAGUUUUUGUGAUACUUAUUUCAUGAUGCUCUUAAUCGAGUGGUAAAGAUGAUUCUUUAAUAAAAAAAAUGUUAAUACCUUUUUUAAAAUUGUUGAUCAUGAGAAAUUAUUAUAAUAUGCUUCAGAACUAAAAUAAAAAUUUGAGAUGUUCCUUCGUAGGCCUUUCAUUAUAUAAUAGUUUUAAAACAAAAUGGUUGACAUCGGUUAAAACAUAAAAUUUCACUAAUGGGUCACACAGUACUUGGAUUUUAUACUGGUUCAAUUUCUUAUUAAAAAUUUUCUAGGAGAGAUUUUUUUUUGGAAAAACCUGCUGCAACCAUAUUAUACUGAAGUGGUUUAAUACUGAUAUACGCACCCAAGAACUGACAUAAGGCAAACGAUGCCAAAACAUAAGCAUAAUAUUCUUUAGAAAUCAACGAGUAGGAAUUUUAAAUCUGUUUAUUUUUUAAAAUGCGUCUCUAUUUCCGAGUUACCUUCUGUAGAGUUUGACCUAUCAAUUGUUACGAUUAAAUUUUUAUAUAACACGUUAAGUUUUCCGAUUAUUUUUUUGUUGGUCUAGUUCAAGGGCUAUACAAGUUACGUGCCUUUAAUGCAACGUAAGUGCACAUUGUAUAGAAAUGACUACUGGACCCGCGUUUUCUGGAUAUAAAAUAUCCCAAAAUAAAAUAAUGUCAUAUAGUUAAAAAAAGACUUUUAGAAUAUAGUCAAAAAAAACUCCAAUAAGACGGUCGAAAACAUCAAAAGACGGUUUUAUAAAACGCUUAAUGCUGUCCUCGACCCGAUUAUAAAGCGAAUGCACUGUCAACCAUUUUAUUGUCACUUCUGUUAAAUUUUUUAAAAAGUUUAUUUAUUCGUUGAACAUAUAUUUUUGUAGUUUAUAGGCACGAGACUAAUAAUUUAGCGAAAAAAAAUAUUCUAGUGUAACAUUAUUGAAACAUUCUAUACAGGGUGUCGAGAACGGAGCACACCCUGUAUCUUAGAACGUUUAUUAAUGCCCAUGUAAAUAUGACGUUCCUGUUUUUAUACCUAACUAAAAUGCACUAAUAUUCAUUGAAAUGCAAUUAUUUUUUAGAUUAGAUCUUCUAGCACUUACACUGACUUUUUGGGCAUUUUAUAUCUUGUUUUUGGUAAUAUAAAGAUGAAUAUUAUAAUAUUAAAGAAAUUAUUUUUUGUUUGAAAUAUAAUUUACCAUUAAUUAGUUUUACACGUGAUAGCGUAUAACUUUUUCAGACGUUUUGGGAUAAGAAUAUCCGUCAUCAAAUAUUUUCUGUAAGGACCUGAGCUUUGUUUUGGUAUACAGGGUGUUAAUUUUUUUUUAAUACAACUGUUAUUUUGAGUUAAUUUUUUUUGCAAGGUUUACUUAAGUAUUUUUUUUAAUGAUUAAAAAGGGUACUUUAAAUGAGAAUUAUUACGAAAAUAAUCAUUAUCAAUUAACAACUAUUAUGAAAAAUUGUGAAAAAAAUUUAGUGUGUUUUAGAGCACCUCAAAUAAAGUACUGUUUUUUUUUUUAAAUAAAUAAACCGGAAAACUGUGCCGAUGUUUCGACCUUUAGGUUAUCUUCAAGGAUGAAAACAUUAUUUUAUAACAUAUUAGCCUGGGCUUCGCCAACGACUUAAUAGUAGUCAGAGACAAACUCACGAACUUCAUUUUAGAAAGGACUGAAUAUAAUUGACAAGAAUAAAAUCUUGAUUUAAAAUCACCAUAAUUCCAAAUUACGAGACUGUUUUACCACAAACCAAAACACUUACAUGAAGAAAUUAAUAAGCCACGUGUAGCAUCGUCAAUCAAAUUUGUCACUAUACAUUUUCAAUCAGGUAUUUGCACCGUGUAAAAUGAACACAAACAACGCAAAAUACUCAUUUGCGCGCACCGCCUGAGUAUUUAGCGAUUUUUUCUUAUUGUAUGUCCCCAUUAGGUCUAAUCUACAAUUUCUUCACUAAUCAGAGUCAGUGUGAUUUAUUGCCUCCUCUUUCGUGGUAAUUCCGUUUUGAUUGAAUUUUGUGAAUAACAGAGUCCCUUACUUCAUGUGCUUUUUCAAAGUUUUCCACGUUUAAAAUGUUUAAAUUCAAUAGAAUUUAUCCGUCUCAGCUCUUUAAUAUCCUCGGUAUCAUCCUAAAAUUGUGUUUUUCUAGUUCAUGUAAGUCCAAUUACGGACAAAUACACUCAUUUUAUAGUCAUUAUUUUCUUAUUUUUAAGCUGCAUUCAUGAUAUAUGAGUCCUCUAGAUGCAAAACCAGAUAUAUCACUUUGUAAUAAAACUGAGAUAAUUGCAAAAAACUGCCAUUUGUUUAUAAAGGAUAUUAUUGGCCGAAUAUUGGACCAACCGAAAGGUGAUGGGUUCUUAAUAAAAUAUAGCAAAGAAAUAAUUAUUUUUUUCUUAAUUUUAAACACUUAUUUAAAAAAAUGCUGUGAAUAUAACUGAUUUUGAAACUUAGGCCAGGAUUUAUCUGUUUUUGAAUUUUAAAGUACUGUUUAAUGAGAGACAUUAUUUCUUUAAAAAAAAUUUUUAUUAUUUUUUUUUAAUAACAAAGAUAAACUUAAAAAUAAUCCUUAAUCAAAAAAACGUGUCAAAUUGACAAAUUUUUUCAAAAAAUCAAAUAAUAAUAUUAGUUGAAAUGUUUUCUUAAAAUGUAUUACACAAAUCUAUUGUCGUCUUCUUGAGGCUCACACAGGACUUCUUCUUCCUAGACCAUUUCUUCUUGUUCUGCAGUUAAGUUACCAACUCUGUUCAAAACAUCUUUGUAGUACUGAAGUCCUAAAAUAUCUGCUUCUUCCUUCCAGUUUGCGCCGAAGUGUCCGAUGAGGAGUUCGUCAACAUUUUUAAUUUUUUCUGGCUUUAAGUUUGGACAACUUAUGUUCAUUUCAGAAGGAUUAACAGUCAUCAGUGUUUUUCCUUUUGUACAUAUACUUUGUGCUUUACUAACGGAGUGUAUAUAAAAUGGCUCUCCUUUAACAAUGACAUUUCCUGAUUGGUUUUUUGUAAAUAAUAUACGUUUACAUGAAUGUAGUGACGAAGUCCAUUUUAUGUUAAGUUUGACUUGUUCCUGCCAAUCAAAAACCUUCCAAUUCCAAAUUUGCACGGUACCAAAUUCCUCAAAUAUUUCAUGGUAUUUCUCUGGAAUAAUAAUAAUAAUCUCCUCCUUGCGUAGCCUCUUCUCCAUAUUUGCGAAAACCCGGUCAGGUGGUAUGUAUGAGUGGCCCGCCACUGGGAAUAUUAACUCACCGGAUUGAAUGUGAUCUGGAGCACCUUGAAACCAAACCGAUACCAUGGUGAUCAUUGUUAGGUUCUUAUUUUGUCCUCCGCAUCCAUCGGAACAAAGUCUCAGAUCUGUUAUGUCUGUUAAGUCUAGUUUUUGAAGUCUGUCAAAGACCGCGGAACUGGGCUGGGAUUCCAAAAUCUCGACUCGAUCUCGAUAUGAUCACGACUUCGAAUUCGAUCGCGACUCCGUCAGUCGUGACGACAAAGGUGAUUCUAAAUUUCAAUCGUCGGCUAAACUCGUUUUUUUCGAGUUGAUUAAGGUUUCUUGGUACAUAUUUGUUAUUUUCCCUAAUAUUUGGCAGAUGGAAACGUCAAUUGUCUUUUCUAUUGAUAAACAGUAAACACUAAGAAUUUUUAUUUAUUUUGUUAAUUUUUUCACCUUUCAUUUCAGUAAUUUUAUGGAUUCAACGACUUGCAAUAGUUUCGCUAAUUCCAAAUUUAAAAUCUUGUCCAAUGCUUCUUUGGUAAUAAUCUGUGGCAUAAAAUCUUGACAUACUAAAACUGCCCAUUCAAUGGUAACUCUACUUCCUCUGCCUCUAUUAUUAACAAAAGGUUGUGGAAAAUAGGGUCGAAUUAAAUCUAUUAGUUGUUGUGUUUAAGAAAGCUUCUUGAUAUACUAAUGAAAACCUGGUAUGACUAUUGGUAAACAAUAAAUGAAACAAAUACAAUAUAAUAGGCUUGUUGGUCGGGUAUCUUCGGUAGCACUAAAUUUUUUUCACAAUCGUAUGACAUUGUUAAUAACCCUGGACGCUCUUCUUGCAGCAAUUGGAAAAAUGAUUUAGAUUUUAAUUUAUGGAGCCUACUCUGCGCAAUAAGGUUGUUUUUCAUGUUGGGCUUUCGUAUUUUAAAUUUUGGAUUUAUAUUCCAAGCAGCGUGAGCAGACGUCUGUUUGAGCCGCCUUAAAUCCCAAAUUAAAUUUGGCAUUAAAUAGGGAUCUAAAAUAAGAUUCUUUCACCCGGUGGUCUUCAAAACUUGAAUUAUUAGGAUUCCACAUUUUUUUAAUGCUCAAGUUGCUAGCCAGGUACUGCCUUUCACUUCUGCCUCUACAAUAGUGACUUUCUAUAACAGAGAAAGACUUAAUAAAGUUUAUGAUCAUUCCUUUUUUUUUAAAUAUUUGUCUUUGACUUUAUCACCACCUCGGGAUUCUAAAGGCAUUUGUCCUGUUUUAAAAAAUCGACUUAAUACACCAGUGACUCUAUUAUGUCCUAGAUCUAGGGCCCGCAAAAAGGUAUUUUUACAAACAGGUACACAUUCCUUGGAAAGUUUUUUUAGGUAUAAAAUAGUGGAAAGACGCGUUUCGGGCUCUUAAAUUUUUUAAAGCUCGUCGUCUUUUAACUUCCUUAAUAAUACAGUGCUUUAUAAUAAAACAAUCUUGUAUUGUUUUUUUUGUGAGAAGCAAAGAAAGAUUUAUGGAAAGUUGCAAUAUCAGCAUUUGUUAAUAAGGAGCACUUGUAUGAAGGUGUGUUGUGAGUUGUGAGAACAUAAAGGAAAUCUUAGCGGAGCGGUAGCUGAAUAUCUAUGAAACAAAAAACGUAAGCUUAGCAACGAAUAUCACAUUUAAAAGAAACAUACCUCGUUUCGGUAGCUGCAUGUCUUUUCCAGUGUUUACACUGUUUCAAGACUUUCCGUGCUUUACUGGGUGUUCAUUAUGAGUUUUCUUUAUAAAAAUACAAUACAUAUAAAAGAACCAUUCAUUAACACUUAAAUACUACUAAUUUCAAAUCACACUAAAUACGUAGGUAGUACUUCAAUCAAAUUUUCAGAACAACUGACUGCAAAAAAAAGAAAUGUAAACAGUAUUAAACCGCCCAAAUGGAUUUAACUUGUUUUGACUUGCUUGUGCGUUUACGCGAAGCGACAAGGUUGGGAUAUAUCUGAAUUUGCAGCGCAAUGGAUUUACCUUUGAAUAUCAUUUAGCUUAAAAUAUAUCUGGUUUUGACAUUUAGUAGGAGCUUAAACGGCAUUUUUUAGCGUGAUAUGACCGAGUUAGAAACUUUUUAAAUAUUGCAUAGUAGAUAACUUUAAUAGUAUUAUAGGUUUGCGCCAAAAUGACAAAAAGUAGAUUUAUCCGCUUUUGCAUCUAGAAGACUCAUAUGACUUAGGAGAGCCAAAAUCUCCACUUUUUCGGACAUAUUCGUCUCAGUUCUUUAAUAUCCUCGGUAUCACUCUAAAAUUGUGUUUUUCUAGUUCAGGUAAUAUAAUUACGGACAAAUACACUCAUUUUAUAGUAAUUAUUUUCUUAUUUUUAAGCUGCGUUUAUGAUAUGACUUAGAAGAGCCAAAAUCUCGACUUUUUCGGACUUAUCCGUCUAAGCUCUUUGUCGAUUGACGUUUUGUCGUUUUUCGAUAAGAUUAGGUGUGUUAUUACGAUUGGUGCCUCUGCAGUGCAAAGAAAUUACAUUGCAUUUUUCUUCUUGCAUUGACUAGCAAGUAGCUUUAUUAUAAUAAGUUAAUCCUUUUCUUGUUCUUGUCAAUGUAAUGGUAUUGUUACAUAUUUGUCAACUCAAAAAUAUCAUUGAUUAAUUCUUACAUGAUCAUCCUAUGUCUGCAGUAUCAAGAAAUUAUUCAUUCAUUGAUUUUUAGAAUUUCAUUAUUGUUGUAAAAUAAUAUACUUGAUCAACGCGUAUUUUCAAGAGCUUCAACUUUGGCAUUUGAAUCCACUUCGACAAUAAUUCGGCCUGAAUUAUAAAUGAAAAAAAAACUUUUUCGAAAUUUCCGAAUUUCCGUCAGUUUCUCAUAUCAUAAUUUUUAGAUACGAACUGAGGCAAAUUGAUAAAAACAUUAACACAGCUUAUAAUAGAAGCUAAAAUUUCAAACAUUUUUGCUGAAUCUAUUCACUUCCUAAUGACUUUGACUGCGUAAAGUAAAAUGCAGCUCAGAUUUUUUUGAAAAUUUUAAAGGUGAGAUCAAUGUUGUAGGUCUUACGAUAUAGCACCAAUCCACAACUAACCCCAAUCAUUCCCUAAAAAAAGCUGUAAUUAAAAAAUUAGCCUCCGGCUAUCGUUUAUAUUAUGUUGUUUUCGGGCUACAGUUUGACUGUACUGUAUAACUCUGGUGGAUAAAAAUACACUUUACCUGAAAUAUUCGUAAUGAUUUCAAAAAGCUGCAUAAUAAUUGCAGAAUGGCUUCUUAAGGUAACAAAAUUAACUUCUCAGUUUUCAAAAGUAGCCAUAAAAAAUACAUCCUCUAGCUGACUAAAUUCAAAAAUUUUCUCUUGAGCAUUGAACCAUUUUCUACCAUAAAUUUAAUAAAACACCCUAUAUUUCAUCUUAUUUCGAACCAACCACCUUACAUAUUUAUUAAAAUAGUUACCAAAAACAAGAAAACGUGCCCAAAAACGUGCCGGACUUGUUUACAGGGUGUUCUAAAACGACCCCUAUUUAAUUUAAAAAAAAAAAACGCAUUUUAUAAAAAUAAAAAUUAAAAAUUGCGCAAGCGCGCGACUUAGUCGCGUAGAAACGAAAUUCUAAAAUAUGUAAAAUAAAUAUAAUGUAAUUAAAAUAAAUAUAUAUUAUACACAAAAAUGAAAUGAAAACUAUAUAAUGGCGUAUGACGUAACCCUUCUUAGAUGACGGACUUUUAGUUGUUUGACACUUUUUAGUAGAAUUUUAGUUACAUGCCAAAAAGCACUGAACGCGCAUGCGGUGUUUGGAAUUGUUAGACGAGUCGUUAAUAAUAGUAAUAACUCGGAUCAGUAUCAGUACAAAUCCAAACACUCUGUAUAUUUCUUUAUUUUAGUGAUAAUAGCUAACUCGAGGGUUACGUCAAAUGAUGAUGAACCCUAGAUAGGUAAAACGCUCGUAGCCCAAGGGAAACAGUUAAAAAUAUACCUAGUGAAAACAAUUACUGAAAGUUGUAUAUAAUUUAGAGUCGCAGGUAAAAUUUCAGAUGUAUUCAGAAAAUAAAAAAACUAUUACGAGAUUUAUUCUAUGGACGCGCUUUUUUAAAAUUUAUUUAUUAAGGAAUCCUCGUUGUACAGGGUGACCAAUUUAAAGUCGUAUACCUAGAAAACUGUAGGAGAUACAAUAUGACCUAAUUUAUGGCUUAAUUUGAGUUUUUUCUGAUAAAUCAAACAUUUCAUUUGAUCUAUUUUUACUCAAAAUCCAUCAUCGUCAUAAAGCAGAAUUACAAUUGUAGUAUUAUUAAUUUAAUUAAUUCAAAUUUUAAGAAUCAACCCAUUUGAGAUUAUCUGUUGUAGCUGUUCUUUAAAAUUCAUCAACAUGUUUAAUGGCAAAUUGAGGCUUAUUGCCCAAUAUAAGAUAUUUAUUUUUCCUUUGCCUCGUUUUUCCAAUGAAAUGUUUAAUAUUUUAAAUAUUUUGGGUUAGAAUUCACUUAUUUUGGGUUAUUCAUGGUAGAUUUAAAUAAGAUUUUUUUGCUUCGGGAGUUGUGUUAAUUAAAUCGAACUAAAAUAGGAGUUAAAUAAAAUGCUUCAUUAAAGAAUUAUUUUAAUUAAUUUUUUUGAGUAAAAAAUCCUUAUUGAAAGUCUCUUCUCUCGUAGGAUUAAAUAAGAUUUUCUAUAUGUAAAGGUAGUGCUAAUUCAAAUUUUAAAAAAUACUCAAUUAACCCUUAUGUGACUGGAAAGGUACCCGGGUACCUUUUUAGCUUUCAGAUAUGAAUAUCUUUUUAACUCACCUUCGAUGAAGCUUGUACUUUUGUGACAUUUCUUAAUUUGGUUUUUUUAAGUUAUUGUUAAAAUUGGAAUUUUUUUUUUAUUUUCAAAGUAAAUAAGGUGUAAAAUUUUUUCACCCAUAGUUGACUGGAUGGUUACCCGGGUACCUAUACUAUGUUUAAAAUACUAAUAAAAUUUUUAAGAGUUAAAUUCAUAUGUUUUAUUAUAUAUACAGUAAUAAGAAGUCAUAGAAAAUUACAGUGAGGUACAAAUUAACGCAACAUAACAAACAAACACUUAAAAACACUAAAAAACAUUACUUAUGAAUUACAGUUUUGACAAAUAGCCACUGAAUGCUCAUUACAUACUGGUUUGGAGCACGAUUUACAGGCUUUACGAGUUUUUCUCUGUUUAUGGGUUCGCUCUCGGCAUAUUUGGCAACUACCAACCACCUUUAUACGUCCAGAUGCAUCUCGUUCACAAACUGCUUGUUCUCUAACUGGAUUAUCUAAAGGAACAGGCAUUCGUGAAGUACCAUUUCUAUAGCCUGACGAGUAAAAUAAUUACCAACAACUUUUGGAAUUUGGGAUCUUAUUUGGAUACUUGACAAACACAGCUCAUUAUCAAGAUCUUUUAAAAAUCGCCGACGUUGAUCAGUAGCUUUGAAAGAAGGAUUAGGUUCCUUGUAUAUACAAUAAGAAGCUAAACUAGCAUCGUCAAUUAUGUUGAAAAAAAAUGCUAAUGGCUAGCGAUUUGUUCUACGUUUGACAGUAUAUUCACAUAGCAUUUGGUCCAUAUGUCAACACCGCCGUUAGUUUUGUUAUAAUAUCUGUUAAUUUCAGGCUUUGCAACAGAAGUAUUAUCUACUUCGCCUGUUGUGUGCAUAGUUGAUAAAAAAAAUCACUGCCUUAUUUUUUUUUGGAACAUAAUAGCAUAAGAACAUAACAGCAAUGUAGCAUCUUUGUUGAAUGCAAAAAAUGGUUAAAUUUAUGGCUCUAUCUUUUUGUGCUUGCAUAUUGGAAGGUAAAAACGUUUUAUUUUUUCUAACUGUUCCUACUAAAGUCAUAUUCCAUGAAUUUAAAGUACGAGCAAGUUGCAAACUUGUAAAAAAAUUGUCUGUUGUGAUAUUUCUUCCUGAUCCCUUAUAAUGUACAACUAAGUCCAAUACUGUUCUCUCACCAAUAUUUGCCUGACGUUCACCACCUGGUGGUUUUCCGGUAUAUAGCUGACCCUUUAGAGGAUAGGAAUUUAUCGCAUCACAAGCCCAAAAAACCUUUAUUCCAUAUUUCGCUGGUUUCGAGGGAAUGUACUGGGUAAACUUAGUGUGUCCUCUAUAUGGAAAUAAUUGUUCAUCUACUGUAAUACACUCUGUUGGCCGAUAAUUUUUUGCCAAAUUUGAAUUAAGCAUAAUCCAGAUAUCUCGAAUUAUAGCUGCUUUAUCUGUCUUUGCACGUUCUAUACGCGUAUUGUGGUCAUCAAACCGAAUAAAUCUUAGAAACAUUUUGAAGCGAUCACGAGGCAUAGCUGCGCGAAACAAAGAGAGCGAAUCCAUCUUCCACAUUUCAGAAAUAUGUUCUUUAUUGAACCUAUGUAAACCAGCAGUAAUUGUUAAUUUAUAUUUAUUUUUCUACUUGUAAUUUGGGAGCACUUGAUUGGGUACACUUGAAUAAUGAGAUAGAUUAAUAACACAUUAUAAUUAUUUUAUUACUUGCUUUAUUCUCCAUAAGUGCAAGUCAUACAAACAACCCAACCUACAACAACUAAACAUCAGUUGUCUUUUGUCAAUGUCUGACAAGCCAUAAAUAGGCAAUUUCAAAAUAUACUCUGGUUGUAUACCUGACAGUAAUUAGAAUUCCGAAAAAUGCAUCUAGGUCUACAUCAGUAAAUGGAAUAAAUACUUUUGGAAAAAAUGUUUUCGGCGGCUUAGUUAUUGCCAAUAACCUUUGGUUAUAUUCCUCCGUAACUCUAUUCCCUUUUUUAUUGCUAUAUUUUAGAAUCAGGGUACACAUUUCUGGGGAUAUAAUAGUUUUAAAGAUGUCUUUGGGCAUAUAUAAACGACUUAAGGCUGGUGCACCACUUUUUUCACGCAAAAUAUUUCAACCUACCGUUUGUCGUUGUGGUGUAGGUGAGUCAUUCCAUUAAGUGCCAUCUUUACUAGUCCAAUGAAAUUGUGAAGAUAAAUUUGGAUGAACGUCAUCAUCAUCAUCAUCAGACUCCGAAUCUUCUAGCUCUACAACAGGAUCGUUUUCAACAUCAGAAUCCUCGCCCUCUCCAUCUGACAGUUGUGGAAUAUACUCCUCUUCAUCAGAAGCAAUAAAUGGCUCUUCUUCUUUAUCACUUAGGUGUUUUAAGGCUUCUUCUAAUUCCGAAUAGGUCAACCUAUUAUAAUUUUCCUAUUAUUAUUUAAUUUACCUCCUUUUAUACUCUGUAUUAACUUUGACAUUUUACCUAUUAUGUAAAAAUAAUAAAUUAUAAUAAUAAAUCUUCCGCCAUCUUCCUCUUGCACUAUGGCUUCGACUAGGACCGGCCUCACUAUCCGACAUUUUAACGUAUAAAAAAUACCUUAUAUUUAACGUAAUUCAAACUCUACUCAAGUAGGUGCAACGCGUUACUGACGAAUAUGAACUGAUCUUGUGCAAAAACACAAACAGUCCGAGGCGCCAGAGAUAGGGGACAACCCACACAGAUGUGCAUGUUUAUAGUUAAGGGUAGAAAUUCACAGAAAAAGCCACGCCGUCCUUAGAAGGUGUUUUUUUUCCCAGUCACAAAAGUUAAGCCAGGAUUAAAGGAUAAGGAUUAAUUAAAACUUCCAUUUUAAUUAUUUGAACAUUAAAAAAAUUACCUAAAGGAAAAUCAAUUUUAGUUACGCUUCACAGAUAUAAAUGAAAUUCAUCAAGUAGGAAGUUAUCCUAAUUAAGAAAAUAAAAAAUGCUUUAUUCGAAAUCUCUUUUGUUAGAAUUCACCUUUUUUAGGUAGUCUAUCGUAGGAUUAAAAGAGGUUUUCAGUUAGGAGUUAACUAAGCAUAAUUAGGCAGAAUUAUUAAAAUUAAAGAUUCAUGAAAGAAAAUAAUUAGGUUACAGUUUAAAAAUUCAAAGGAUUUUUUUUAAAUAGGAGUCUAUAUUAUAUUAUAUGGGACUAAAUAUUG